GAGUUCUGGUAUACCAAUGUCCCCGGGACCGAUGUGCCUUCUGGUACAUGUGGCGGCGGCGCCUACCGUGAGCUUUUGGUCUAUAUUGACGGAGUCCUAGCCGACGCAGUGCUGCCGUUCCCGGUGAUUUACACGGGUGGCAUCAAUCCUCUUCUUUGGCGACCUUUGACAGGCAUCCUGUCUUUCGACAUUCCACCCUAUGAGUUCGACCUCACACCUUUUGCGAGCUGGCUCUUGGAUGGGGCCGCGCACAACGUGACGGUUCAGGUUUGGGGCAACAACCCUCAGGGGACCUGGUUUCUCGAUCCCGUGCUCUUGCUGCGCCAUGCGGAGGCCAAUCAGUCAAUUUCAGGUGGCCGGAUUCGGAAGCUGCCAGAUUCCGUGCCAAACGUGACCGAGCAAGUACACAAGAAGUCGAACACCUCCAGCACCUGGACGUUAGAGUUUCUAGCCUGGGUCGGAUUCUUGGGCCCCUUCAGACUUCUUGGCACCGGGAUUUUCCAUCAGUUGCUGAGGUACUCAGUGGAUGCGUGGCAGCCACAGCUACGAGGCGCUUAG